AUGUCACCCCAAUGGAUGCCUCAAAAUUUGCAGAAGCGCUUGCUUCUAUAUAUUCUACAGCAGCUCCUGUUGUUCUCUGAGAUAGAUCUCCCGAACCUUGAGGAAGUCUCCCUCAGCAACAUCCAAUUGAAGGACGUCUCGCUUGAUCCGGAGAAGGUGGGCAAACUACCUGGCUGUACUUUUCGUUUUGGAGAGCUCAAGCAGGUAGAGGUGAAAGGCGGAGUUGUCGGAGGUGUGAACCUUAAUAUAACUGGGGUGGAUCUAGUGCUUGCUACUAAUAUUGAUGACUUUGACGGGGAUAUCAAGAACAUGCUGAUGCUGUUGGCACAGAGCACUGCUAACCUAGCCAAUACUGUUAUUUUCGAAGGCGAUCUACCGGAGAGCAGUGCCAGCGCACUACAAUCUGAGUCCGACUCUGACUCCGACCCAGAGUCUUCCAGCAACAGCUCAAGCAUACCCAGUCACCAGUCAGCGACUUCUCAAAGGCGACCAAGUGCAUUGGGAGGCGUCAUGUCAAGAGCUUUGGAAAUCGCAUUACUGAGGAUCCAGGUGACGAUUUCUGAUGUCAACAUCAAAAUAAUCACAGAAUCCGUGGAUCUACUUGUAUCUAUAGAAAGCAUUUCAUUUCUGACCACAAAUAAGCAACACUCCUUGAAAAUAAAAGCAAUUAGAGUGUCUACACUUGAUCCAAAUACCGAACCAGGGCAUGGUGUACAGAAAUCAACUGAUCGUCCAAGAUCUGAGUCUGAGAGUGAGGAUCAGUUCGAGCGAAGCAGCGAAGAUGAUUCAGCUGAUGAUUCUUUGAUGAGUAGCACUGUCUUCACUCAUGAAGAAGCCAGCUCUGUGUACAUGAGUGCCACUGCCCACAGCUUUUCCAAACCAAAUGAGAGCUCCUUUCACGAAGGAGAUCCUUCAGUUCACCUUCUUUUCGUUGAUUUUAUGGAUGUCAGCUUUGAUGGCUUGUCUCCCUUGACAAAGUUACAAGUAAAAGUGGAUACUGUGCGUCUGGCUGCUGUCCCCAUAGCGCCAACUAUUUCAUUAAUUGCAGCUUGCACUGCCAAAACCUGCCGCCUGAAACUACAUCAGCUUCGCAAGCAGCAUGUUUCCUCUCGUCGGCUGGCACUUUCCGGUAAUCAGCCUGCGGUGCGACUGUCGCUACACGAGGAUAAAGAGUCCUCUUCAAACGAGUUCUCAAAUUCAAUAGAAGAGGCUGGUCCUGUGUUCGAUAGAUUACAAAUUGGACUGUUCUAUUUAAGCCUCACUUCUGCCAUAAAUGAUAAGGGUGACUUUGCCUCUACGUCAGAUGAUAUUACUUUUGCGGCUACAAAUAUCAACGUGAAGCAAAAGGAUGAAACGCUUACCUUCGGUGGAGUCGAGAAACUAAGAAUCUUGAGAAUAAUCAAGGGUGAAGAGAGUGAACUCUUCAACUUUGACUCUGUGAAUACUGUUGAUCAAUCUACUUCGACACCAAGUGGCCUUGAUUUUGAGCCCUCCUCGAGGGCUUUGCCCACACGAGCUGACGUCAGAUUCGAAUACUUUAAGGCUGCAGAGAGACCUAAUAAUCCAGAGAUCACAGUGUUGCUCUCCAAACGUGCUUCCAUAAGGUUACACUGUGAUUCUUUACUGUACCUCCUCAAUUUCUUCGAUGCGGUUCAAGAGGUACGUGAAAACAUCACUGCGUUACUUUCAGAAUUGAGACGAUUAAAUGUAACGAAAUUCAGUGUCGAGAGUAUGAUUCCAAAGCCAAAUCAGUCGGAUGGCAGAAGUGAGAUAAUUUUCCAGACAUCCUCUAUUGAUGUCGAAUUUUGCCUUUCUGAUUCUUCGUCUUUGAUUUGCAAGGUUUUCCCUAUUUCAUUUAACACGACUGUCGAUAAUCUUCGUAUACAGCGUGUCACAGUAGAGUCUCACAUCAAUGGAAGUGUGGAUCGUUUGUUUACGAUCCCAGACGUUCGGUUCGAGACGCAACCCGUCACUAUAACAAAAUUUGAUACCAGCGCAUCUAGUCCCUUUUUCCGCAAGGAUAAGGUUACAUCAUCGAUGAAUAUUUAUAUCGAAGAAAUUGUGGGUUCUAUAGCUGCUGAUAAACUAAAGAAUUUGGGAGACAAAGUGAGAACAUUUGUAUCGGGGAUACAGUCGCGGAGCUCGAAAGUGAAUGCAAUGACAAGUUCUUCCAUAAAUGGUUAUCGCCUGACGAAAGACCCCAAAUCUGUCAACGUUAGUACUCUUGGGCAGCUGGCUUACGUCGGCGAACGCUUCGGAAGAGUCAAACAAAAAUCGUCGUUUAAAGAAGUCGAUGCGAAGCCUAGUGUAUCCUUCAGCAUCCACAUCUCAUCCAUAACUCUCACAUUAGUUUGUCUAUUUCCUAGAUUUGGUGACUUGGUUUUUCAAAGUACCAAAGUUCAAUUCACCAAAUGGGGAGAUAUAAGCAGUGGUAUUGCAAAACAAACCGAGAUCUUCCGAAUCAAUGAGCAUGCCAAGAUCAAGGAAAUGCUUUUUCAAUGUCUACCAUCUACAUCUCCUACAUUAAUCAUGCAUCAUGAUAGCAAUGACAAGGGAACUACAAUAGAUAUUACCGUUCGAAAAUUUCUCAUAGACUAUCAUACGCACUGGAUGCAACUAUUCGAACGUACUUCUCAAGGGCAUACGGCUGAGGAGCUAGCGCAGGCGACAUCUCCAUCACUGGCAACGAUUCAAAAAAAAAGAUUCGACCUUCGAUUCUCGUUUGACGACUUUGUUCUCGGUCUUCAUCCAGGAAGGCUUCCAAGUCAAAUUGGCAUAGCGAUUGAGAAAGGUAGCUCUGAUUUUACCUUCGCCAAGGAGCAAUUUUAUGUCAAAAGUUCCUUUAGAAAUUCAUCUCUAUUCCUUAUUGAUGAUUGGAGAAAUCUCAGAAAUCCUACACAGCAUUCCCAAGAAGUGAGUAUGACUCAUUACAUGAGUCAACGAGGUUUUUUGCAAUGCGGAUACAUUAAUUCAUCCCAUGUUGGUAUAACAGUCAAUACUGAUAUAAAAAGCGUCAAAGCUAGAAACGAUCUGCUCGGCAUCCGUGGGGAACUUCCAUUGUUGGACAUAAAGCUCAAUUCAGAUGAACAUAUUGUUGAAGUGUGUGCAGAUUCUUUUCAAACCUUGAUUCAGCUGUUCAAUGAUCUUAAGGUACCACUCACUUUCAAGAAUCACGAGAAAUACCGCUUCCAUGUUGAUAAGGGUUUCCAAUGGCCGACAGACCUCAGAGACCAAAUUAAUGAGGUUCAGAAAAAUAUGAGUAUAUCCACGGGUGAUUUGUGUACUCCCCCGCCGAUGCCUCAAAGACCAACUAAAGAUGCUGAAUCAUACUACUAUGAUACGUCCUCCACUCACUCGCGAACUGAAGACCUGACUGGCUGUGAAGACGGCAUUAGCCUGCGCUUAAGUGAUAUUACUAUCGUAGAUGAGCAUUUUCGGGACCAAGAUCGGAAAACCGAUGCUGCCAUCCUUCCUAUGAGCAUUGCAGUUAAUCUUACCAAAGCCAGAUUGUAUUUCUACGACGGCUAUGAUUGGAAACUGACCAGAAAAUCGUUGCGACAAGCGGUCAAGAACAUGGAAAAGAAGGCUAUGGAAAUACGAUCGAAAAAGGCUGAACGGAAGAAGUCCUCUCGGGAAUCUACUAAGGCAACUAGAUGUGACUCAACGAAGAGAUUUCUGGACGAAAUCGAUAACAUACAAGAAGAAUACGAAGACGAAGACGGAAAAGAAAUCAGUGAGACCUUGUUUCAGUCCAUCUAUUUGGGAAUGCCAGAAGACUCCAAGAUGAGCAGUCUAGUGAGCAACAUCAACUCUGAGAUGCAAGCUGUCAACAAAGAAAGGGCUAUGGAUGAAGCAUUGAAUCCAAAUAUCAAUGUUGACGUCGAGAAGCACUACAAAGACCUCAGGUUGAAAAGAUCAGGAAGCCAUAAAGUAUCUCUUGAUGUGCAGAAUGUUGAGGUCUAUGUCAAGAACUUCACUAAUCGUGAUCCUCGAGUAGAUGCAACUGCAGAAGGUAUCGAUAAGGAGCUUGUUAACCAAGUCGAGGUGCGACUUGACUCUUUCACGAUGUAUGACAAUGUAUCCUCAUCAACCUGGAACAAAUUUCUCACUUACAUGAGCGUUCUAGGUGAGCGGGAGGUGGGGACAUAUAUGCUUCAAUUUAGCAUACUUAAUGUCAGGCCUGAACCGACUAUGCCAUACACUGAGGUUCUUAUGAAUGUUAAGUUGUUGCCUUUACGUCUAUUUGUCGAUCAAGAUACAUUAAUGUUUUUGGGCCGCUUCUUCCAAUUCAGAGACAACCGAUUUAACUUACCUGUGGACGAGCCUAUAUUUGUACAAAAACUUGAAAUAAGCCCAAUUCGGCUAAAGUUUGACUAUAAACCUAAGGCCAUGAAUUACUCUGGAUUUAGAGCUGGCCAGGGUGCUGAGCUUGCGAACCUUUUCAUUCUUGAUUCCGCCGACUUGAGACUUGCGAAAACUGUUGCAUACGGUAUCUUGGGAUUCCCAAAAUUGGGAUUGGUUUUGAAAGACAUAUAUGUGCCCUACAUCCAAAAAUACCAAAUAGCAGGUCUUUUGUCAGGUCUCGCGCCAGUUAAGUCCUUAAUUAAUAUUGGAGAGGGCUUCAAGAAUCUUGUCACCAUACCCAUGAAAGAAUACAAAAGAAAUGGACAGCUUAUGAAAAGCUUUCAAAAGGGCACAAAAUCAUUUACAAAAACCACUGCAUAUGAAUUGUUGAAACUUGGAGUGAAAGUUGUGUCUGGAACACAAACCAUACUAGAAUCUCUGGAGCAAUAUGUGGGAGGUGAAGGCCAUCGAGCAAGACAAAAGUCCAAACCAAAUGAGCAAAAGAAACCUUCGAGGAGAUUAUCAAACGAAUUCAGCACCUUGAAGCAAGAGAACCAGAAGCAAGAUCUAUUACAGGCUUCACAAUUGAUGAAGAAAAAUGUACCAUUAGGUGAGGAUUCACAAUCCGAUGAGAAACUCUAUUCGGUCAUGCUGAUGGACGACGUUCUAGAGGAAGAUGACGUAGAUCUGGAUGAUAUGGAGCCUUCAGUAUUGAUUCUCGAUACAAAUGAAGAGGAUAGCUCUUGCAGUGACGAAGACAAGGAAUUGGAUCAGGAAGAGGUGGAGCUUGCGCAAAAAAUGGUUAGCUUGUAUUCCAACCAGCCCGUAAACACUAAGGAGGGUCUAAAGUAUGCCUACAAAUCGCUCGGGAAAAACUUGAAAAGUACAAAAAAAACAAUAGCGGGCUUAUCAGAAGAACUCAGACGAGCAGAAAAUCUACAAGAGCAGUUAUCAUCUGUUGCUCGGACAUCGCCGAUGAUUGUGAUAAGACCUAUGAUAGGCACCACAGAGGCGAUAAUGAAGACGUUGAUGGGGUUAAGUAACGAGAUAGACCCUACUUACAUUGUGGAGAACCGAGAAAAGUACGGUUCGGAUGAAAAGUAG